UAUUUCUGGUCCUCCCCUCCUUCGCUGCUUUCAUUUUACUCUUAUCGUGUGUUCCAGAAAGUCUGCCCGCUGGGAGAAUCUUUUUGACCAUUUCCCAUGAGUUGUCAGAUAGCUCCACAGAAUUCAGUUUCUGAGAACCAGCCAGAAGCAUGCAGUGACAUUGCAUAAUCUGCCUCUGAAGCGGAGAUAUCAGCUGUAGAGCUCAGGGGAGCUGCUCCACAUCACCGACAUGAAGGGAACAGGCAUCGUGGACGCUGUGCCCAAGGCACUCCUGGCCAGGGCACUUUACGACAACUGCCCUGACUGCUCCGACGAGCUGGCUUUCAGCAGAGGGGACAUCCUGACCAUUCUGGAGCAACAGGUGCCAGAAAGUGAGGGCUGGUGGAAGUGUUUGCUCCAUGGGAGGCAAGGCCUGGCCCCUGCCAACCGCCUCCAAAUCCUCACGGAGGUCGCUGCGGACAGGCUACGCCCCCCAUUCCUGAGAGGCCUGGAAGAAGCUCCUGCCAGCUCAGAGGAGACCUAUCAGGUGCCCACUCUACCCCACCCUCCCACUCCAGGCCCUGUUUAUGAGCAGAUGAGGAGUUGGGUGGAGGGGUCCCAGCCCCCCGCUGCCCAAGUCUACGAAUUCCCUGACCCUCCCACCAGCGCCAGAAUCAUCUGUGAAAAGACUCUCAGCUUUCCAAAACAGGCCAUCCUCACGCUUCCCAGACCUGCCCGAGCCUCGAUGCCAACUCUGCCUUCCGAGGUGUAUGAUGUGCCUACCCAGCACCGGGGUCCCGGUGCCCUGAAGGAGCCAGAGAAGCAGCAGUUAUACGACAUACCAGCCAGCCCCAAGAAGGCAGGACUCCAUCCCCCCGCCGGCCAAGCAAGUGUACAGGGUGUUCCCCUGAUAUCAGCGACUACCUUAAGAAGUGGUGGCUACAGCACAUUACCAAAUCCUCAGAAGUCAGAAUGGAUUUAUGACACUCCAGGAAAGACCAGCAUCAGAAACACAUCUCUCACCACCUUUGCGGAAGAAUCAGGGCCCCACGCUGUCCCCAGUUCCAGCUCUAUUUUCCACAGUCUUCUAAGUGGCAGAGACAGCUCCCUCACUCCACAACUGAACAACAGGGUGCCUAUGCAGAAAAAACUCAGUGUUCCAGAAAUUCCUUCUUACGGCUUUCUCACACCCAGAGACACAUUUCCUUUGGAUACAGAUGUCAGCUACAAGGUUCCUUCAAGCUUUCUGAUGCCCCGAGUGGAACAGCAGAACACCAAGCCCAACAUUUAUGACAUCCCUAAAGCAAUGUCCAGUGUGUCUCAGGCUGGGAAGGAACUGAUGAAAAUCAAUGAGGUGACAGAGAAUUCCACGGGCCGUAAUUCCUCAUGGUUCUCCAGGCAGACAACUUCCCUAUCUCCUGAACCCAGCAGAUUAUCAGUUUCCAGUUCUGACAGCAGAGCUAGCGUUGUUUCUUCGUGCUCCACCACAUCCACCGACUCCUCCUCCAGCUCUUCCUCGGAGGAGUCAGCAAAGGAGCUCUUCUUGGACCUGGACGUGGCCAAGGAGACAGCGAUGGCUCUGCAACACAAGGUGGUCAGCUCCGUCGCUGGCCUGAUGCUGUUUGUCAGUAGGAAGUGGAGAUUCCGAGACUAUCUGGAGGCCAACAUUGAAGCAAUCCACAGGGCCACUGAUCACAUAGAAGAAUCUGUAAGAGAAUUUCUGGAUUUUGCCCGAGGAGUCCAUGGGACUGCCUGUAACCUCACUGACAGUCACCUUCAGAACAGAAUUCGGGACCAGAUGCAGACAAUCUCCAAUUCCUACCACAUCCUGCUUGAAACAAAGGAAAGCUUGGACAAUCGCCAUUGGCCUCUGGAAGUUCUUGUGACUGACAAUGUCCAGAACAGCCCAGAUGACCUUGAGAGGUUUGUCAUGGUGGCACGAAUGCUUCCAGAAGACAUCAAGAGGUUUGCCUCCAUUGUCAUUGCCAAUGGAAGGCUCCUUUUUAAGCAGAACUGUGAAAAGGAUGAAACUGUUCAGUUGACCCCAAAUGCAGAAUUUAAGUGUAAAAAAUGCAUCCAACCUCCCCAAAGAGAAACUGAAUCAUACCAAAACAGUACUCCUUCCACUAAGCAAAGGGAAGAUGAACAUUCUCCUGAACUAUUAAAGAAAAAUAGAGCAAAUAUCUGUGGACAGACGUUGCCUAACUUAGAAGAGAAAGAGAAACCUAUCUUGGAACAAAGGUUAAAUGAAAGCAAAGACUUAGGAAUCACGAGUCCUGGCCCUCUUAUACCCCAGCCUUCGAGUCAACAGACUCCUGAGAAGAAACCCCACCUGUCUGAACACUGCCGGCUCUACUUUGGGGCGCUCUUCAAGGCCAUCAGCGCAUUUCUCAGCAGCCUCGGCAGGAGCCAGCCCCCGGAUAUCCUGAUCACUCAGAGCAAGCUGGUCAUCACGGUGGGACAGAAGCUGGUGGACACGCUGUGCAAGGAAACUCAGGAGAGAGACGUGCGCAAUGAGAUCCUCCGCGGCAGCGGUCACCUCUGCAGCCUGCUCAAGGAUGUAGCGCUGGCCACAAAGAAUGCGGUGCUCCAGUACCCUAGCCCUGCAGCGCUGGGGCACCUGCAGGCGGAGGCCGAGAAGCUGGAGCAACAUGCGCGGCAGUUCAGAGGGACAUUGGGAUGAGGACAUUCUACCUCCCUUCCUCCUCUGUAGCUUCACACCCACAACUGUGCAAUUCUGUUCUAUGGGAAAAGCCAGCCGGAGCAUACACCGAUGAGCUGAAAUAGACCUGGUACCCAAAGCUGGUAGGACCAAGUAGCUAAGCAAUCCCAGGGGACUGACUGACCCCACAGGGGGUCAGGGAAGAGAGUCAGGUAUGAGGUAAAGACCUUGAGAGGUUUCGCACAUGUGGGGUAUGCAGUAUUAGCUUGAAGUGACAUUGUGGAAGUAAUAUUUUACAUUGAUUAAAUGUGUGCAUGAUUUUGUUUGUUUUGAGAUGGAAUCUUGCUCUGUAA